CAACGGUCGCAUAUGCUACAGCGCUUUACUCUAUCAUAAGCUACAAAAUUUAAAAAACGCACACACACACACACACAUAAACAUCCAUCUAUUUGCUUGACAGAGAUCUUGACCAUUAUCAGCAUGUGCAACAAUAAGACUCUGCUGCUGCUUAGCAUUGCACUGACCGCUCUGUGCCUGCUGCAGUGUGGCGAGGCGCUUCCUUCCAUAGGACACUAUGGCAAGCGAUUUGAUCCCAUGGGCGGCAUUGAUUUCAUUCAGAUUUGCCUGAACAACUGCGCCCAGUGCAAGAAAAUGUUUGGGGAUUACUUCCAGGGCCAGACCUGUGCCGAGUCCUGUCUCAAGUUCAAAGGCAAAGCCAUACCGGAUUGCGAAGAUAUUGGCUCUAUAGCGCCGUUUCUGAACGCGCUCGAAUAGAGGUUUCAAAGAUGUAUCCGACUCUUAUAAACUGUAUGUGUAUGUGUGUGAGGAGUGUGUGUGUAUUUUUAUCGCCUGUGACUCAGACGCGUAUUUGGGUCAAUGCGAUGCGAUGCUCAACACGAUCUUGGCUGAUGAAGACCACGACCACGACCACGACCACGACGACGACGACACUAAAAUCGAAACUGGCGCUCAAUAUAUACAAUUUAAUGGCUUUAGCUACAAUAUUUACCUAGAGUUUCCGGCGAACCUCAGCUCAGCACGUAACCAAAAAAGUUCCUAUAGUACUUACUUACCAACUAACAUAUGAUGUUAACCAGCAUUAAAUAAUAACAAGAAUUUAAACAAACAUUAACUUUGUUUUUAUUUUUAUUUAAAUGAUAGUUAUUGCAUAUACAAAACUUACAACGAAAUAUUCGUAUGUUUAAACAUUAUUAAAGGUCUUGUGUGUUGUUGAACGACCUUCUUGUA